AUUUUCUGCUUCCGAUGCUCCAGAAUAAACCUUCUCAUUUUAGUAUUUACCUUUAUUAAUUAUAAUCAUUACAAUGAUAACGAUAAUAAUCAUAGUGGUAGCAAUAAUAAUGAUGAGAAUAUUUUUUUAUUAUUUUAUAAUCGAAUGAUGGCGCCACAAUCCAAGGUGUAAGUUGGGUUAGGUGGUGUUUGGAAACACUUUAUAACCUCCAAAGUCAAGUCCUUAUAUUUUUAUUUUCAAUUGUGUAAUAAACAGUGAGCAAUGUUUCAGUUGAAUAAAUCAGUAUUGACAUAUAGUUUUAGUCGUUAUUUCGUUACUAGUUGUACAAAGAAUAAAAAUUAUCUUGCUAGGGAAAGUAAAUUUAUGAAAAAACUCAUGCGUGGAGAUGCUCCAAAAAAAAAGUGGCACAUGACGAGACAGGGGAAAGUGCAACAAUCAUUCAGCGCCGAUACGACUAAACUCGUUAGUCCCCAUGUCAUACGACGUGUCAACGUAUUGAAUAAAUUAUUUAUGAUGCACAUCACAGAUUUGAUGACAACUGGAGAAUUGUCGGCAACACUUGUCGGCCGAGGUAUCGAAGUAUCUCAUGUUAAAUUGGCCAAUGAUUUUCAUGUUGUUAGAGUUUACUGGUUUUGCAAUGAUGAUGAUACUGAUCGGGCAAAUGAAACUGCUCGGCUAUUGGGGCAAAUUGCUUUUGCAUUGAGACAUGAGUUAUCACAAUUAAAAGUCAUUGGUGUUGUGCCACCAAUACUAUUCGUUAAAGAUAAAAGUGUAGCUGCCAAUGUGGAACUCCAAAAGCGAAUUGCAGAAGCUGAUUAUGGAGAAGAUCACGUUCCAGUUGUGAAAAUGUCCCCGCCAAAACCGCGAUUGACUUUGUACACACAAUUGCCAGAGGAUGUUAAAAGAAAAAUUUUAGAAUUCACAGAGAAAGAGAAAGAGGAGGCAGAGGCAGAGGCAGAGGAGACGGAAGAGGAUGAUUCACUUUAUAUUGCAGAUCUUCCUCCCAUGAAACAUAAUGUACUUGGAUUGAAUCAUUGGAAAAUAAUGUCCGAGGUGAAAAUAUCUCUCAAUAAACUACGUGCGGUUGCGACUUCGAAGAAACAAUGGUCACCACUCGAUUAUCAACAACCAUUGUAUGCCGAAAACAUGAAAACGCAUCAAAAUACUAAGGAAGAAAUGAAGGCAUUCGAAGAUUUCUUAGCAAAAAGGAAAAUCGAGGAUAAACGCAGAGAUCGAUGGGAAUUGAGAGAUUGGAAUUGCAUAUCUGACGAUAAUGCAGAAAGAGAGGAUCAGGACGAAAUCGAUAACGACUUCGAAGAGGAACACUAUGACAAUAGUUUUGAUCACACUGAUUCUCAAGAAGCUCUGCGAUGAUAUCUUCUCUGAAUGUGGAUGAGCAGGAAAUGAAAGGAUAAUUUUAGACGUCUUCUCCUUCGAUUAAUCAAUUUGUUAACCAGCACUGGCAGAAAAACAACAGAAUCCGAAAUCAAGUCUUACUUGUACCAAACCUUUCCUUAGAAAUGAUCAAAGGAGGAGCUUUGUCACUCACAGAUGACAUAUUUCUUGACAAACUCUCAGAUGUAACAAACAUUUUUAUCCGUAAGAGGUAAGGUCUGAUCCACUUAUUUCGUUGUUAUUGGAAGGAACACAAUUGCCCAUUUCUGAGCUUCUAAAAUCUGUAAUGAAUUGUUGAACUAGGAUAAAUACAUUUUCUUAACGCA